AUGGGAAUUGGGCAUUUUUUUGCAGUGACAGUCAAUCACAAUGUUGAGUAUGUUAUAUCUGAUGGUAUUCAUAUCAAUACUAUAGAAGGUCUGCGGAAUGGAAUAAAAAUGAACUGCAAGACCAGAUUGCGAACAAAACAAAUGAGAAAAAAAUAUGAGAACAGAUUGUGGCAAGGAAUGCUAAAAAAGUUAGCUGAGGUUUCUUUUGGAAGCAUUGUUGACAAUCCAAUAUAUACAAAUUAUGAAUAUUUAGAAGAUGAUGAAGAUGAAGAAUAUACUGAUUCUACAAUGUCUCGAUCUGGUAUUUCUUUUCUGGCACUUGUAACUAAGUCGCAGAAUCGAUACCACUGGGGAUCGUCAAGUUUAUGA